GCCUAUAUAUGAACAAACUUUCUCGGCACCGCAACGCAACGCUAAACAUAAAUAACUUUUGUUGCUUUUUAUUUUAUAAAGUGCCAGGCUUUUGUCACAUCACUUCAAAUUUGUUUGUUUGGAAUUAUCCGAGAAUAAUUAUUGGUGAAUUAAGUUUUAACUUAUAUAGUGAAGUCUUGACUCUUAAAAUUUUCAAUCAACGGGACGAUGGAUGAUCAAGGAUGUCCGCGCUGCAAAACCACAAAAUACCGGAAUCCUUCAUUGAAGCUUAUGGUCAACGUUUGCGGCCACACUUUGUGUGAAAGUUGUGUAGAACUGCUGUUCCUCAAAGGAUCUGGUUCCUGUCCAGAAUGUAAUGUAGCUUUACGGCGAAGUAACUUUCGUGUACAGUUGUUCGAGGAUUCAAACGUCGAUAAGGAGGUUCAAAUCCGGAAGCGGAUUUUAAAGGAUUUCAACAAAAAAGAGGACGACUUUGCUUCGCUGGCCGAGUACAACGAUUACUUAGAGAUGAUCGAAGAGUUGGUGUUCAACCUGUGCAAUAACAUCGAUAUCAUCAACACGAACAAACGCAUCGAGCAGUACAAGAAGGAAAACAGGGACACAAUCCUGAAAAAUAAGACCAAACUCAGUAAAGAAGAGCUGGAGCUAGAACAGUUGAUCGAAAUUGAAAAAGAGCAAACCGACCAGCGGAAGAAAGAAUUGGCCAUGAUCGAAGCAGAAAACCGCAAACAAAAGGCAAAGAACAAGGAAGAUCUCAUUGAUUCGUUGAUGGAAAGCUACGAAGAUGCCAGCGCAAUUGUGGACAAGUUUGCGCAACGGGCGGAACAGCAGGUGAUUCCGCUUCCGAAACCAUUGGCCCCUCCGGCGCCGAAACAGACCCACUUCUCAACGGGGAUCAAGUUCCAGUCGCAACACGGCUUCCUGCCGGUACCCAAAAUCGAAGAAGGUCCAUCCUAUGUGUAUGAGACGCAGAUCUAUCCAAAAGAGGGACCGGCGCAACCUGCCCUUGCUGAUAUCGAUAGCAACGGCUACAUUAAGCAUAUACGGUGUGAGACUCUCGCUGAGCGAGCAGGCGGAUUCAAAACUAAUAUAUCGUGCCUUCGAGCAAUCCAGGAUGCGCUCGUUGGGUUGUAUCACGGGUGCUAAUAUUAAAUUUAUUUAAUAUAUAUUUGAAUUAUUUCUUCCUA